AUGACAGAGCGGCAGGUGGAACGCUGGUGGAGGCUGCGCAGGAGUCAAGACAAGCCUUCGACCCUGGUCAAGUUUUGCGAGAACGCGUGGAAGGUCACAUUCUAUAUCGUGAACUUUAGCUUCGGUGUUUAUAUCUUGUGGGACAAGGAAUGGCUGUGGGACAUCGACCAGUGCUAUGUCGGAUAUCCUCAUCAGGGUCUCACAGACGACGUGUGGUGGUACUACAUGAUCUCGUCGGCGUUCUACUGGUCCCUCACCAUUUCCCAGUUCUGGGACGUGCGCCGCAAGGACUUCUGGCAGAUGUUCGUGCACCACAUCGCCACGAUCGCUCUGCUCUCCUUCUCGUGGGUGUGCAACCUUCACCGGAUCGGGACGCUGGUGCUGCUGUUGCACGACUGCGCUGAUAUAUUCGUCGAGGCCGUCAAAGCCGCGAAGUACGCGAGUUACCAGAAGCUCUGCGACUCCUUGUUCCUGAUGCUGAUCGUGGUGUGGAUAUCGACGAGGGUCGGCAUUUUCCCCUUCUACAUCAUAUGGAGCACUCUAGUCCGCGCACCGCAACUCGUCCCAAUGUUCCCAGCAUACUACAUCUUCAACUCUCUGCUGUGUUUGCUGCUCGUGCUGCACGUCGUCUGGACGACGCUCAUUCUGCAGAUAGCUUAUAACGCUAUGAAGGCCGGACAGAUGGACGGCGACGUGCGCAGUUCGACGGAAGUGAGCGAUAGUCCAAACCAUUCCAAUCAUUCCAACAACGGCUCGCCCACGAGGAGGAGAAACAAGAAAAACACAUAA